AUGAAUGAUCCAAACUUGAAUCAUCGCCAAGUUGCUAGCCAUCUUCAGAAAUACAAAUCUCAAGUAGAUCGACUUAAUGAGGCAUUGUCGAGGAAUGAAUGGAAAUCAACAGAUAAAACAUUCAUAUACCCUUCAGGCUAUGAAUAUCCAUUCACGGCAUCCAACUUAACCAACAAUCUCAUUGAAAUGAACUCUUUGUGGAAUUCUCUGAGGAAGAAAAAAUCUUCUUCAUCAUCCAUCCCUCGAUAUUCGUUUAAGAAACCUGAUGUCGAGAAGGGAAAAAUGCCAAAGUUUCAUCUAAACGGGAAAUUGGAUCUAAGUAAUCACCCACUUUCCGGUAACGUAUCAAACAAGUCAUGCAUGGAAGUCAAUUGUAUUCCUUCUUCCUCAAGUAACAACCCUACUUGCAAUAUGCCUUUUACCAAUGAUGUUAAUCACACUGGUCUGGUUUCAAAUAUCUUAAGUAGUAACAACCUUCCUGUUAUUCCUAGUUUACCAUCGAGUGUUGGUGCACCUAUCUCAAGUUCAUUUCUCAUAGGUUCCUCUAGGGUUUGCACUCCUUGGUCUAAUCUUAAUCCUAAUCCUAGCACUGGUUUGGAAACCGUUAGAAACCAACUAGAUUUAGACCCUACAUCUACUUUAGAAUCUUAUGUUCCUCAAGCCAAUGUAUACACCAUGGGAGAAAGUUAUAGUUUUCUUCCAGAAUGUACCAUGAACCCUUUUGAAACCAUAGACCAUAUGGGUAGAAUUCCAUUAUUAGAGAACUAUAGUCAUCAUGAAACCAAUAUGAAUCGGAUGGAUUGGAAUCAUUCAACAGAAAAUUAUGGUAUUCAUGAAACUGAUAUGACCAUAACUGUUUCUGAUUACAAUACAAACCAUAUAGGUUGUGUUUCUUUAGGAGAAGGUUAUGUUCCUUCUGAACAUGUUAUACCUUUUGGGAGCAAUACAAACCAGUUAGGUAGGGUUUCAUUAGGAGAAAAUCAUGUUCUUUCUGAAGAUAUGAGUUUCUAUAAUACUAAUACAAACCAGUUAGGUCAAAUCCCUUCUGAAACCAAUAUGAUCACUCCUGUAACCGAUACAAACCAGAUGGAUUGGUUUUUAUCCGAAGAAUGUCGUCUUCUUCUUGAAACUUUGAUUUCUCUUGAAACCAAUACAACCCAAGUGGGUUUAGUUCCUUGUGAAGGAACCUCUACUGCUUUGGAUAACUUGAUUCCUCAAGAAACCAAUAUGGAAGAGGUGGGGUUCGUUCCUUGUGAGGGAAAUAACAAUGUUCCUAGUGAAGAUCUUAUUUCUUUUGAUACUGGCGUUGCUGAGAUGAUGGAUGUGGACUCUUGGUUGGACAGUUUUGAUUAUUCUGGAAGCAAUGUUCCUUGGUGGUGA